AGCCCGUGUGUGUGGUGUGUCGCCAAAUAGUAUAUACGGAGUAAUAUAUAUACGGAGUAUAUAUUGUAUCAUCUACCGGCGGUCGCCGCCAUUCAACAACAUACCCAUCGUCUAAUUUAGCUACCGGCGGCCAGGGCUGCCGGCGCGGCGGCGGACUGCCAUUACGUACAAUAAAUAAUGGGAGCACUCGAGUACCUUUCCAAGCUUUGCUCCUUUACCACCACCGGAACCCGAACAAAAUCCAUACAGACGGUGGAGAUAAAAGUGAAAAUGGACUGCGAUGGCUGUGAAAGGAAAGUCCGGAAUGCUAUUCGCCGCAUCAAAGGGGUGAAAAGCAUAGACGUGAACAGAAAGCAAAGCAAGGUGACGGUGAACGGAUUCGUGGAGCCAAACAAGGUGUUAAGGAACGUGAAGAGAACGGGGAAAAGGGCCGAGUUCUGGCCGUACAUCCCAUGCAGCGCAGUGUACAACCCCUCGGCUGUGUAUGACAGGAGGGCACCACCGGGUCAUGUGAAGAACGCGCAGCAGGCGAUCCUGCCCCCUCAGGCCACCGAUCAACGCCUCGCUUACUUCUUCAGCGACGAUAACCCUAAUGCCUGUUCCAUCAUGUAAUCCACCCUCAUAACCUUUUUUAUUUCUCAUCCUUUUUUUUUCAUUUUAUGUACACUUUGACAACCCAAAAUAACCUAAUAAUUACUUCAUUUAUCU